AUGGAAUAUAUUUCAAGGAGUCUUCGCGAAAUGGUAAGUUAUCAAUUUUUUUAUAUACAACUCUCAAAUGCCCUUAUGGGUAUAGGAGCAGGUUUAGAGGUUCCUAUCAUCACAUUAGUAGGUCGUCAGCUAUUGUACAGCCAAGAUGUUAUUGCAAACUACGUUACACUUGUUGCUGUAUUUCGUGUGCUGGCCGAUAUUCCAAGUGGAAUCUUAGCAGAAUGCGCCGAUGUUCGUAUACUUAUGACAUGCUCUGUCAUGGUCUACGUGGCUGCAUGUGCAAUUGCGUUUUUCGUAAAGUCUGGUGCCAUUUCACUUUGUGUCUUUAGUAUACUAGGUGGUUUUUCUAUAGGUGUUUUCUUCUUAACUCGACAUAUUUAUGUUGCUCGUGUUUCAAAGAAAGAGCAUCGUGGGAUGGUAUUAUCAUUUCUUUCUGGUAUAUUGCGCUGGUCGCAUGUAGUAGGUCCAAUAAUACUUGGUGCUGUAGCAUCCAAAAAGGAUGAGUGGAGAUAUUAUUUUAUAGUGCCACUUGUGUCUUCCUUGGCAGCAUGGUUAUGUAUGGAUCUAAAUUGUUUUUUUUGCUGUACAGUAGAAGAGGAGGUGAAAGAAGCGAAGAGCGAAUGUGAAACCAAACAACUUCUUCCUCAUCAUCAGCUUCAUUCUCCUUCUAUUCCUUCCUCUGGUAUUCCUAAUGAUGCUGCUGUUGCUGUUGCUGUUGCUAAUAGUAAUGGUGGUAAUGAUAAUAAUAAAAUGGCUGAUGCAGUUCAACAAGGAGUUGUAGUGCAGCCAUCAUAUGAGAGUACUGCUGAAAUAAACCGUAAAGAUACGUGUAGCAAUACUCACACAACAUCUCUGGAGGUGUUAGAUCAGAAAGAAUGCAAUAGUAAUAACUAUGGAACUGUCUUACAAGAGGAAAAACGACCGUUUUGCUAUACUGAUCUUUGUACACUUAUCGUAAACGAAUGGACCACAAUAUGGCGUCUUGGUGUUUAUAUCAUUCUAAAUGUAUCGCUUCGUGCUAACCGGAAACUUCUUCUUACAUUUGCGGCUAUGCGUGUGGGCUUUACAAACCCACAGAUUGCAUUUCUACUCUCACUUAGUUUUGCCUUUGAUGCGUGUCUAUUCCCAAUUGGUGGUGUUAUCAUGGAUCUCUGUGGUAGACGUCUGGCGAUGUUGCCGGUUGUGUUGGGACUUGGCUUUGCAUUUGCCCUCCUGCCGCUUUCGCAGUCGUAUGCGUGGCUGCAUAUCAUGGCUGCUGUGUUCGGUACGGUGGAUGCCUUGGGCUGCGGUCUAAUCUUAACACUCAUUGCCGAUCACGCACCGGAGAAAUUAGACGGUCCGUUCUUUGGAGUGAUGCGCACUGUGCAGGAUUUGGGCCACGUUGCCGGUGCCCUGCUGGUCUCGCUGCUGCUGCGGCACGUGGACUUUGUGGUUUGUUGUUACAUUUGGGGAGUGGUGGGUGUGAUCGCCGCGCUGUGGGCUCGAUUUGUUGUUCCUCUUAACCAUCCUUCAUAA